GUGAGCUGUGAUUGGUCACAGCUUGUCACAUGGUACAAGGCUGUUGUGAAUAGCCUUGUACCAUGUGAUCUCGUUGAUCAUUCACAGAUUUCACACGUAGUAAGCAAUGAUGGCAGAAGUGACAUCUUGCUUACUACUCUUCAUGUGAUCACUGAUUGGCCAAUCAGUGAUCACAUGAUCGGGACCUCACACAGAGGUGUUCCUCUGUGUCUUCCCUCCGGACACAGCGGGCACCAGAUCGCUGUGCUGUGCGCUCUCAGAAAGCUGGCCAUACAUUAUACAUUUAUCUGGAGAUUUUUGGUUUAGAUUUACCAAAAACCAUAUAAUAGGAGGACAACCUAA